CGAGGGACUAGCUCGGUUGUUUGAAACUGGGGUUAGGUUUCGGUACAUACCGUCGAAGCUCUUGGAGAGCAAGAGGGCCGGUGCCGGUGUGAGGCUAUAAUCGCUUAUCCCGGUCCGAGCCGGUUGCCAGUAUUGAUGGGAAUCGGAGCCGGUUGCCGAUGACGUGACUUGCAUGAGCAGCUGUCUCCCAAGAGAAAACAGCCAACACUCACAGCCUCACUUCUUAUCCCCUUCUUCCACCUACACAUACCGAUUAUCGCUGUGGAUUGGAUACAUACACAUUCGAGGCAUCAUGAUCAUGAACGAGCCUGAGCCUCCUUCACCCCCGCCGGUCCGCGGCCCAUCUCCUCGUCCGGCCCAGGACCAUUACCUCGUCGGGAUCGGCCUGCUGUUGGUGGUGGUAGCUCUCUGGGUUGGAUCUUCUUUCUUGAUGAGUUCCAUGUUUCGAGACGAGGAAUGGAACCGACCCUGGCUGGUGACAUACAUCUGCACCUCGUCAUUCACCUUAUACCUCAUUCGUCCAGGCCUAUCCUAUCUGCACACCCAUGGCCUAUCGAUCAAACCACUGGCCCCAGAUCCCAAACUCAACGCUCGCAAGAACUCACACCCUGCUAGCCCCGUCCAAGCCGCUUAUACAUUGGUCGAUGAUCAGGACCGAGAACUCAGCCGAUCAGAAAAUCGACCCACUUGUGUCACUCGAGCGUUUUCUGUACCUGAAAGCCCGUUGACAACCAAGGAAAUUGCUCAUCUGGCAGCCACCUUUGUUCUCCUUUGGUUUGCCGCGAACUGGAGUGUCAAUGCUGCCCUGGGUUACACAUCGGUUUCGAGUACAACGAUCCUCUCCUCCAUGAGUGGAUUCUUCACCCUGGCCAUCGGGGUAGCCACCGGGGCGGAGAGGUUCAGCCUGGGCCGACUGCUGGCCGUCGCCAUGAGCGUCACCGGCGUUGUUCUCGUCUCCAAAUCUGAUCACUCGGCUUAUGAUCCCGACCCUUCCGACAAGACCUCCUCUCAUUGGAUCCUCGGCGACGUCCUCGCACUUUCAUCGGCUGCCCUGUAUGCACUCUACGUCAUCUUGAUGAAGGUCAAAGUCAAAGAGGAAUCAAGGGUUGACAUGCAGUUGUUUUUUGGGUUUGUGGGAGCAAUCAACAUGCUUUGCUUUUGGCCUAUGGGAGUCGCCCUGCACUACACUGGCAUCGAGCCAUUUUCUUUCCCCCAUACGAGGAAACUGUGGCUCUCGGUGAUCCUCAAUGCUAUGUGCACCUUCAUCUCAGAUUACAUAUACAUGCUGGCCAUGCUAAAGACUUCACCACUGGUUGUUACCUUAGGCAUUUCGUUGACAUUACCAGUAGCUGUCAUUGGUGAUAUCUUUAAAGGAAUCAUCUUACCUCCGACCUCUCUUAUAGGAGCCGGCCUAGUCUUAAGUUCGUUUGUCAUCCUGAGCUUGGUUGAACAACAACAAUAGGUUCCCACCGACCACCCAUUUUUUACUUUGUAAACCAAUCAACUAGAAAAUCACCAUCAAAACUCAGCAGUUGUAUAUUAUGUACUUUUACUGUAUGUAGCCUCAAAUGAACUCAGAAGCAGGAGCCAGAGACUAGCACUUUCUGAUCUUUGAUAUUUGUGAUGCUAUAUAACAUAUUUAUACAUAUACCAUAGAAAACUUUUAUUUUCUUCUUCCCAUUGUUACCAUUGCUGCGUGGCCUGUUGUGAAGACUAGCGGGUAUGUAAGCAUCCUCUUUAGGCUGAAUUUCCCAACGCAAUACACACAAAGCGAAAAAGUAGGUAUUGUAUUCGGAAU